AUGUCCGUUCGUCGAAAAAUACCCCCAAAACCAACCACAAAACAAUUAAAAUCUUCCUUAUCAGUUUCAUCCUUUAAUCGCUCAAAAUCAUUUUCUGGACGUCCUCCUCUUUACAGAAUUAAAACAAUGGAGAAUUUUGAACAACUUUAUGAAACAACUGCAGGCAUUCCUGGAAUGAAUUCAUCCCCUUUAAGAGGCGGGGAUUGGGCUGAUUCGCCUGGACCUGCUGAUGGAAUUAGGCGACAAGAACUUUGUUCGAGGGUUAUGCUAACUAUUACAGCAAAAGAACUCCGAGAUUUGGACCCAGAUGAAUGUAUCGACCCUUAUUGUCGAGUUAGUGUGUGUGAUUCUUCCAGUGCUCCUAAUCGACAAUGGGAAUUUCUUGGACAAACCGAAGUUGUUGGAAAUACAGACUGUCCAGAAUGGAGUACAAAAAUAUGUUUAACCUAUUUUUUUGAAGAACAACAGAGACUUCACUUUGAAGUUUUUGAUAAAAACAAGGAAGGCUUGAACCCCGCUGGCCGGCUUUACCCUAAACGUAUAGGACAAUGCUCAAUCUUAUUACACGAACUUGUUAGUGCUAAUAUGAAUAGGCUUUCAAAGAAUUUGAUGGAAGAAGGAGAAUUUGCCGGAAUAUUAACUGUAGUAGCUGAAGAAUUAAGUGAAGGAAGGCAAGAAUCUGUCUAUUUUGUUGUUAGCGGUCACAACUUGGACAGAAAAGAUUUUUUGGGAAAGUGCGACCCUUUUUUGAAGAUUAGCCGAAUUAAUUUAGACAACACGCUUCAAUUAGCCUUCAGAACAAGGUAUCACGAACAAAAUUUGAAUCCAAAAUGGAAACCUUUUGAAAUACUAACACAACAAUUAUGUUAUGGAGAUAAAGACAGACCUUUCCUUAUUGAGUGUUUCGACUGGGAUCAGGACGGAAAUCAUGAUUUGGUUGGCGCUUGCCAGACUACAGUGAAUAGACUGCUUUGUGGACUAGACAAGGAAUUACCCUUAAUCAACGAAAAGAAACUUAAAAAACACAAAAAAUAUGUAGAUUCUGGACAAGUACAAUUUCACAGAAUACACUUAUGGAAUGAUUAUACUUUCUUAGAUUUUAUUCGAGGAGGAACCGAGCUAGAUUUUACAGUGUCGGUGGACUUUACAAAAUCAAAUUUGCCUAUGCAGGAUCACUCAUCUCUCCAUCGCCGCGAUCGUAUGAAUCAAUACGAAUUGGCAAUUGGCGCAAUUUUAGAAAUUUGCCAGCAUUAUAGUAGAAGCAAAUUAUUUAAUGCAUACGGGUUUGGCGCUAGAAUACCUUCAGUGGAUGAUAAAGUUCACUACAAUUUCCCUUUGAAUUUGGAAACAAAUGACCCUCGUUGCAAGGGCGUGGACGGCGUUCUUGAAGCUUACAGUAUUGCCCAAUCCAAAGUGGAAUUAAGUGGCCCAACCGAUUUUACCCCUACAAUUCGCUUAGCAGCAAGAAGAGCAGCAUCACUGCCUGAAAAUGGCUGCAAAUAUUGUGUGCUAUUAAUAAUUACAGAUGGAGCUAUUACUGAUUUUGAACAAACUAAGGAGGAAAUUAUUAAAGCCUCCUCAUUGCCUUUAUCAAUAAUUGUAGUUGGUGUUGGUUAUGAUACUUUUGAUGAGAUGAAAGUUUUGGACUCUGACAAUAGACUUUUAUGUUCACACAAAAAAUAUGCAAAAAGGGACAUUGUUCAAUUCGUUCAAAUCCGCAAAUUUCUGCCUCCUCACCGGACUAUGACUGAAUUAGAAUUAGCACAGGCUAAGGCUAAACUAGCUAAAGAAGUGCUUUUUGAAGUUCCUGGACAAUUAAUUGGAUACAUGAAGUCUAAAGGAAUUUCACCACGCGAUCCUGACAACCCUUUCAGUGAAAAUGAUCGACAAAUAUUAAUUUCCCCAGCAGCUCAUCGACUACGUGAUUCCUCGACGUCGGGGGUAAAUGCGCGUAGAAGUAGCAGCUUAAAAACAAGCAAAGAAAUUUUGGCUGGAAUACAGACAAGGCCUAGAAAAUCUGUGACCGCCCAAUAUUCUGGAUCUCCCCGUACUCAUCGCCGAUUAUUACCUACACCUCCAGCACAAGAUAAUGAUAAUUAUAGUAAUUCAAGUAAUGGUGAAGAUGAAGAGAGAUUGAAUGAUAAAAUGCAAAGAGCACAUUUCUUUUGA